AUGAAAUUUGGUAAGGCUAUACAGGAAUGGGUGUAUUCCUUGAGUACCAAUGAUAAAUAUUCAGAAUAUGAUUCUACCAAGUCAUUCAAUAGAGUGAAUAAACCAAGAACAGAAACUGAAACUAACCUUUUGACGCAUCACCAAAACACUUCUAAUACCUUUAUUGGGGAUUCAGAAUUACAAAACUAUGCUUUAGAUGGGAUUCACGAAGUAAGGUUAGCAUGGAGACAUAUCAAAAUGUGGUUACAUAACAAUUCUCCCGAUUUGAAUAGUUCAUUACAGAAACCUUGUACUGAUGAUGAUUUAAAUGAUUUCCAAAAAGAUUUAACUAUCAAACUACCCAAUUGUGUUAUUGAGUUCUUCAAACUUACUGAUGGUCAAUAUAUUGAUGAUUUUAACAAGGUUGGAGGUCUCAUUUUUGGGUUGAAAUUAAUGUCUUUGGACGAAAUAAUGGUUAUGACAGAAGAUUGGAGAAAAGUGGCUAAAAAGAUCACAACUGAAAUGUCACAUCUGGGCAUCGGGGUACAAUCAGUACCUAAGACUAGUAAGGUAUCUUUCAAUAGUACUGGAUUAGGUAUCCCGUUGAACAAUUCGACGGCAUCUUUGAAUAUUUCCAAAUCUGAAACAUCGGUUGAUUCUUCUUCUUAUCCAACACAAAAGUCCAUGCCACCAGGGUAUAUUCAUGCAAUUUUUGCUCAUCCAUCUUGGAUUCCUUUGAUCACUGAUGAAGUAGGUAAUUGUAUUGGUAUUGAUUUAUCACCUCCGGCCAAGGGUCCAGGAAAAUGGGGUCAAGUUAUACUAUUUGGUAGAGAAUUUGAUACUAAAUAUUUAUUAGCUGAUAAUUUAGGUGACUUCCUUCUUAUUUUUGCUAAUGAUUUAGAAAAGGGAAACUGGGAAAUUAAAGUUCCAGAAAAGAAUAAUUAUGGUGAUUUAGUGAUGGGAAACGAAGGUGAUUUAGUAUUUAUCGAUAAAGAGACCAAAUUGGAAGCUAAUUAUUUGACAGUAUUGAAGAAAAGAUGUAUCUCCAAAUGGGUUGAAUCUUUAGAUAAAGAAAACUUAUCAUCAGAGACAAAACUUUUGAUAGAUGAAUUGAAGAAAAAUCCAGAUUCUAUAUUAAAUGUUAAGAAAUUGAAUGAAAAAUCUAUUGAUGAUUUUAUUAAUAAUAAUUUGGAAUUAAUGAAAGAGCUGACUUUACCUGUAAAAGAAUCAGCUGCAAAACCACCAGCGAAACAACCUUCAAUGAAGAAAUCUGUCGAUAAACCAAUGCCACCGAUUCCUCAAGAGAUUAUUGCUCAUGACCUUAAUGAUAACGACACUUUUGAUGAUACUACCAUAUAA